AUUAAAGGCCUACAGCAAUGGUGUGCUAGACGAACUGAGGGAUAUCGGGAUGUCAACGUUAUUGACAUGUCCACAUCCUGGCGUGAUGGUCUGGCAUUUUGUGCCAUCAUUCAUCGUUUCAGACCAGAUUUGAUUGAUUUUGAUUCCCUGUCUAAAGAGAAUAUAUUUGAGAAUAAUCAACUGGCGUUCGAAGUAGCUGAAAAUGAGUUAGAUAUACCAGCUUUUUUAGAUGCUCCUGAUAUGGUUCGAAUGAAGAAACCUGAU